AGUAACUAGGGAACUACUUUAAGAGAGGUAGUUAAGAAAGACUUCUUUGAGGAAGUAAUUGAUAAACCAAAGCAUGCAAACAAGACAGGAAGGAGCCAGAUGUAUGGUCAGUUGGGGGAAGAAAGAGCCUUCCAGGCAGAAGGGCUAGAACAGCAGCAUUCGGGUGGGCAAGAGCUUGUAGGACUGAGUUUGGUGCGUGCUUGGGACUUAUGGAGGUUGGACAGAGAUAAGUGAGAGAGGUCUGCGGGACAGGAUCGGGUCAUGCCUUAAAGACAAGAAAAGCUCUCUGGACCUGAGCCAGCCUCGUGGUGAGUUCAAGGCCCUAAGCCCGUAGUACAACGGAGUUCACACCACUCUGAGCCUGGAAAGAUGGUGUCACAGUCUAUGGGCCGGCAGGAUUCUCCCGUGCACCCUUGGGAAGGGGUCAGCGACAUUGAUGGUUCGCCCAGUCUCCUGGACACUGACCAGCCUCCUCACAAAUCAGACGUCAUGUUCAUGAGGCAUCGAGCUGCCUGGAUUAACCCCCAGUGUGCGCAGCAAGAGCUACAGGAUUUGCCGCCUCAGGUGCCGACAGGGGAGAACAGUGGGAGCCACUUUGGAAGGGACACCAUCCCUCCCCUGGGUCCUUCACCAUCAUCCCCUGGGGAGUCCAUGGUGGAGACAUCACUGUCCAAGGACAGUACAGACCCUGCCUGGGGCUCCGGUGACAAGAGCAGCGACUUCUCUUCUACCUCAAAGGAGGAGCAGGCAAGGCUCCCAGGACACUCUCUUCAGGUGUCUGUGUUCACAGGCUCCAGGAUUUCAGCUGCUUCCUCAUGUUCAGAGGCUGACAGUGCUUUUUGGAAGCCUUCCUUGCCGACAGCUUCUGCUGAUGAAGGUGCUGUUCCGGUUGGUCGAAGAGCCGCUUCUUUGAAUUCCUUCUCCCCAGAAGCGUUCUUGCUUCCUGUCAAUGUAGAAAAGGAAAAUGCCCACUUUUAUGUAGCGGACAUGAUGAUCGCCGUAAUGGAGGAAAUAAAGUAUACCGUCCUCAGUCAACAGCACACACAGAACUGCAGUGCAGAAGGAGCCAGUGCGCCACUCGUGAAUGAUCAGGCGGACCCUGAAGCGGCCUCUUAUACGAGCGUUAAGCAAGAAUCUGGAUCUUCCAGUUCCUCUGACAGUGGCUAUGAAGGCUGUGCUGUGUUACAGGGCAGCCCAGUGGCUGGGACCCCCACUUACUGUGAUGUGCUCAAAGAAGCCUGUAAAUGUGACUUUGAUGACUUUGUUGUCGUAGAACUUGGUGAAUGUAACAAUCUCACAGAAACCUGUGGAUGCUCCUGCAGCUCCUCUAAGAGUAUUAUUUAUGAACCAGACUUCAAUUCUGCUGAGCGAAUAGCCAAAGAGUUGUACCAAGUAUUCCGGAAGUGCUGGAUGUUGUCAGAAGUUAAUCAUCAGCUGGCGGGUUCUCCAAAUGCAGCUGGCUCAAUAGUUGUGAAUGAAGAGCAGAUCCGAAAAGACUUGGAAUCCAGUGUGGAUGUAGUUCAGGAGAUUAACUUUAAGUCGAGGAUCAGAGGAGCUGAAGACUGGGAGCCCCCUAGAUUUCAAAUCAUAUUCAAUAUUCACCCACCAGUCAAGAGGGAGCUCGUGGUAGCAGCCCAGAAUUUUUUAUGCGCUGGCUGUGGAACGCCAAUAGAAACUAAGUUCGUGAAGCGGCUGCGGUACUGUGAAUACCUGGGGAAAUACUUCUGUGACUGCUGUCACUCCUACGCGGAGACCUGCAUCCCUGCCCGGAUCCUCGCCACGUGGGACUUCAGGAAGUACUACGUCAGCAAUUUCUCCAAAAGGCUGCUGGAAGGCAUAUGGCACCAGCCCGUUUUCAAUUUGCUGAGCGUUGGCCGCAGCCUGUAUGCCAAGGCCAAGGAGCUGGACAGAGUGAGGGAAACCCGGGAGCAACUUUUUCAUAUCAAGAAGCUGUUGAAGACCUGCAGGUUUGCUGAAAGUGCAUUAAAGGAGUUUGAGCAGGUGCCGAGGCACUUGACUAAUGAGCUCCACCUGUUCUCCCUGGACGAUCUGGUCAGGGUCAAGAAAAAGCUGCUGGUGCCAUUGCUCAAGGACAUUCUAAAAUCUUCCCUCGCACAUGUGGACGGCUGUGAGCUGUGCCAAGGGAAGGGCUUCAUUUGUGAAUUUUGCCAGAGUGCAGCUGUCAUCUUCCCAUUUCAGACCGAAACAUGUCGAAGAUGUUCAGGGUGCAGAGCCUGCUUUCACAAGCAGUGUUUUCUGUCAUCCGGGUGCCCCCGCUGUGCGAGGAUCACAGCUAGGAGAAGACUUUUGGAAAGUUUACCCUCUGUGGCAUCAUGAUUCCCCGAGUACUGUGGAAAAGACUCUUCAACACGCCUGAUAACACCCAUUUGCAUCUGUUAUUGAUAAUGUCGUUUUAGAUUUUGAGUAUUGUAUAUUAAGAAAAGAAUGGCCAAUAUUCUUUUUAUUACCUAUAUUUAAUGUUUUCAAAAGAAUGCAGUUGUUUGUUAUUAAGCAUAGAUUUGUUACUGGUGGUUUUGUUUACACACGUUCAGUGUUUUUGCUGCUACUGUUUUUUUUUUAAAGAGUUUUUUGGAUACUUCUUAAAUUGUAAUUGACUGGUUGUAUAUAGUUGAUAUCGGAACCUAUUUUUUUUAUGAAUUAUAACUGACAAGACAAAUUACUCCAUUCCUCUUCUUGUAAAGCUUGUUUUGUGAAAUGGAUUGGUACUUUGAAUGAACAAAAGUACAACCAACGAUC